GCAGCGUAUUCAGAAGACAGUAAAUAAUUGACAAAAAGUAAAAAUAGUUGUGAGAACGUUUGUAGAACGUUACAUCAAACAUUGCGGUAAUCCACGGGACGAUAACACUGAUGUUGAGAUAACAUUGUGAAAAUAGCCAUGCCAGAUUGUUCAAUGUCAUUUAAGAAUACGACAGUACCUUCAAAUGAUGUAUGAGUAUUGAUUCACAUUCUUUGUGCUUGAGUUCGUUAUCAGUUACCUUAUGACUUGAACAUUGAAAUAAAUCUGGCAAACCUUUAAAUGAUUUGACAGUGUAUUUUUUAUUUAUUUUCUUAUCGUAAAGACUUCUAAAUCAUAUUUACUUUCCUACUUAAUAUUUACAGUCAUACUCCAGGGAGUAAUAACACAGUGAAAACGUUCCUUGUAUUCGUUCCAUUGUAAGUAAAUAGUUUAAGCAUUUAUAUCAUAUUUUGCGAAGAUAGUGUACAUGCUAUUUGUGUUAGAGUCAUGAUGUAAAUUAGGCAUUUUGCUUCUGUCCAAACGAUGACACGGCAAAUAUUUUUGUUUUGUCUCCUGGCAUGUAUUUGCUGUUCAGCUGAAGAUGCGCUGGAGAACUUGAACUGCACAUAUUGCUUAAUUGCUGGAAAUAUCAUAACAUUGAGCAUUAACGACACCUUCGAAACAGAUGAUUUACUAUUGCAGUUUUCCGAAAAUGAAACAUUCACACCAACUCCUCCAUGUGCACAAGUAUUUAAUACUUCUGAACAAGGAAUGCGGUUGCUUUAUCCAGCAAAGUUCUACUGUAUCGAAUUGUCGUCUUUCACAUGUGACCUAACGGAUCAAACAAUGUCAAAAACAUAUAGAGUUUCUCUUGAAUUUAUCUAUACCGACAAUGUUACUUACGGAUUGGAAUUUACUGCUGAUGUUUACAACGCAACUAUAAAAGAGGAUGAAAGAAAUAACACUCACAUUUCGCUUACCUCACCACUGGAGCUGAACCUAACGGAAUGCAAGGUUGGAGGGAUAGAAAACUACUCGAACAAGGGCUUCGAAAUCACAAACACCAGCGGACUUCCAUUUCGAUGGGGCGCUACAACUAAUGCCAAUUCUCUGUAUCUCAAUGGAGAGUUGGAUUAUGACCAUGGCCAGAAAGAAUACACUAUUCAUAUCCAGGGACGACUUAUUCAAGGUCUUCCGGGUUCAGCCACUGCCGAAAUCAAAGUGACUGUAGAAGACGUUGACGACCAAAACCCUGUCUUCGCCAGUGAUACAUACAGGCUGGAUGUGCCGGAAAACUGUUCGUCGGAUGUGAAUGUCUCGUUAACAACAAUACCGCCACUGCAUGCCUACGAUCCCGAUUUUGGAAUUAAUUCCACAAUCAAGUACAGGAUCAAAUCUCCUGGUCUGUUCUCUAUUGAUCAAAGUACCGCUGAAAUAAACAUUUCUGAACUCCUUGAUUAUGAACAUAUUUCUGAAUACAUCGUGACGAUUGAGGCUUAUCAAGAGGACAUAUCUAGCACACGGACCGCCCAGACCACGUUGAAUAUUUACGUGAUAGACGUUAACGACAACGAGCCAUUCUUCAAACCGAACGUUGUUGACGUUACAAUGUUGGAAAAUCAAUUGAACGGAACUCGGGUGCUAGACGUUAAAGCUAUCGACAUUGAUAUGGGAGAGAACGGGUACAUAUUAUAUAACCUGACUGGGGUUGGUCCUUUUCAACUGAAGACAGUUGACAACCGCACCGCAGUGUUGGAAGUUAAUGGAAAGCUGGAUCGAGAAACUAACUCAUCUUUUGUACUUACAGUUAUACCUCGAUCUGUCAAUGGCGACUUGGGAACGAACAACUUGACAGUAAACAUUGAGGUUGCUGACAUCAAUGACAACAGUCCCGUUUUCAUCCUAGGCACUUACAAUUUCAACAUCAAUAACACCAUCAGUCUGUCCAUGACAAUCGGUCAAGUUACCGCGGAGGACAAGGAUACGGGAGAUAACGCUGACAUUAUCUACACAAUUCUUAAAAGUACAGUUAAUGUUUAUGAGUGCAAACACGGUACGUUGCCCUUCGAGUUGAACAGUACAUCUGGAGAAUUUGUUAUGACAGAGAGCGAUUUGCAUUGCGAUCAUUAUUCGCUCAUCGUGGAAGCUUGCGAUAACCCCGACACUAGCUUUCCAGCUCGACGUUGUGGAACCGCAAACGUAGAUGUUACGCAUUCUGUAGCCAACGGUACUCGGAAAUUUGUCAAGACGUUUGAUGUCAAGGAGAACGACCCAGUUGGGACCUACAUUGGAAAUAUACAUUGCAACGGCCAAAAUUUGAAAUAUGACAUUACUUCAGAACUGGCGAAGCUGGCAUUUAAUAUAUCGGACAAUGGGGACAUGUUAAGGACAGCAGCAGUUUUGGACAGGGAAAACAUAAGUUCGUACGACUUUACUAUAGAUGUGCAUCAGGGUGGUAAUAUAAAGUGCAUAUACAAUGUUUCCAUCAAUGUGACAGACGUCAACGACAAUGCUCCUCUGUUUACCCGUGAUCAUUAUGUUUUCUACAUUAACACGACUACUGCUAAUGGAUCUAAAAUUGAAACCAUUAAAGCAGAAGACGAUGAUAGGGAGGAGAAUGCAGAAAUAAUUUAUUUGUUAAAUGAUAAUAGGGGUUCGUUGUUCCAUAUUGACAAUCACACGGGAGACAUCUAUGUGGACAGUCCAGAUUCGUUGGCGGAUGUUACACAGUUGUACUUAACAGCAAUGGACAUGGGUACACCAUCCCUUCGAUCAACUGCGAUUGCAUACGUCGUAUUUGUAAGCAAUGGCUUCUUAUCAAUGAAAACACCAUUAACUGUCGGACAACUUAUACAACAAGAGAGUUAUUUUGAGGAGCAAUUUACACGGAUAUUAGGAUUGCCGGUGGACGUUAACAACAUGAUUGAGCUACAUAAUGACAAGUUCCACAAGUCACAAUUCGAACUGUCCCUUCAAGACGAAAGCGCCGACAAAUUCGAAUUCAUUAGCAACGUGUAUAACCACUUUGAAGAAAUUCGAUCCCUGUUUUAUAUGGCUGAACCAUUGGAGGGUACGGACUCGAACAGGGACAAAUUUGGUGCGCCUGAAAUUGGCCUUAUUGUCAUGGCAGCUGUCAUUCUUAUUGGAACAACAAUCGCUAUUCUUCUUAUACACAGGCAGUUCAACAGACAAAAAAGGUACAGGCAACUGUUUGAAAAUUUGACUAAGGAAAGUUCCAUUUAUGAGUCGCAGGAGAUCAAGAUGGAUUUAGAUGAUGAGUCCAUUAAAACACAGGACAUCAUCCCAUCAGAAAACGACAGUAAGUUGGGAUUUUCCCCCAUCAACCCGUUGUUCGUUGAAGAUAGAUCUACACCUGUUAUAGAGACCACCGUCGAAGUUGAAAGUAAUUCUGGCGACAAUACAUCAGUUAAAGAGGCAUUCGACAGUUUAGAUCAACUUUCUGACAGACUAGAUGAAGAAGACGGUGAUCGUAAAUCUGAUCAUUUUUUGGUUAACGAACCACUCACGGAUACUAUGGCGCAAGGUAAUCAUGAGACCAACACCACUGACAAUGUUGUGUAUGCAAAUAAAGAGAUGGAACAAAAUGAUUCUCCGAGAUCUAAAGUUGAUCUUAUUACAUUUGAAAGUGAUAGUAAUAAAAGCGACAUUACUGAAACGCCCGAUGAACCAGCAGGUGAGCCUGAGGACGAAGAACCUAAUCCAGACUAUGAAAUUAAAGCGGUUCGGUUCAAUACCGAAGUUCUUGACGCUGAUGAAAACAAACUACAACCAUUAGUGGACAAAGACAGUAAAACGUCCCCACCCGAUGAAACCGACGGUGAAAAUAUCGAAAGUGGAAAUGUCAAUCCCGAUUAUGAAAACACGCGUUUGAAAGUAGAUGCGUCCGAUGAGAAAUUUGAAGAACAAACAAAUGAAGCAAAUGAAGUGUCUGAGCCGACUGAAGAUGACCAUAAUGAAGCAAUAGAACCGGACAAUAUUCAGAAUACGGAAGACGGAGAUGGCGAAGUAGAAAUAGACGAGAUACAGUCUCCAAACAACAAACUUUCUGAACAUGAAACCACAUUUGGUGAAUUUUACUUUGGAACAGAAGAAUCCACCCAUUUUUGACAUAUCCCGGAUUGUGGGUGUAUCCUUUUAAGAACUGUAGUUAUGUGUACUUGCUAGAUUGUAAAAUGUUAAAAUAUACUGACGCCCGUGUUUUGGUCUUAGAUGUGUUGUCGCAUAUAAUGUUAUAUAUUUUAUUCGCUCGAUUUAUUUGCGUUUUAUUUUAUGAUACAUUGAUAGACCUUUGGUUCAAUAUAAUUUGGUAACAUCUAAGAAACGCACCUUCAUAAAUGCUAAAUCCCGCCCAGAUAAGUGCAUUUUGAUUGCCUUCUGACCCCAUAAUAUUUUGACAUUAUUUGAAAUAAGGUAGUGUGCAAAAGAUGAAAAUGCAAAAAAUAUACCCAAAAUACGGGAUUUUAGUGCCCUCGAAGAUCGAAAAAACGUAUGUUAACGUCCAAUUCCCUGUAAAAUGAAGAGCACAUGCUUCAACUGUAGUAACUGUAUGUAUGAUGUACAUAAUUAUCAAUGAUUUUACCUACUUUUUUAGUAAGCAAAUUCCAUUGAAAUGAUACCAACAUUAUAUAGGAUCAACAGAACACUAAGAAGAGAACUGGCUUAUCUGUGGGUCGGAUUUUAUGCUGCUGUAACACAACACAUAAUGCGAUAAAAAGCACGUGGUUUACCAGCUGUUCUGAGUGUGGCAAUCAACGAUACAUUGCAAAAAAUAUCAAAUAUAUUGCGUAAGCAUAAUAAUAAAAAAAUAAUUAUUGAAUAGUAUUUAAGUAGAGUACGCUGCUAACAUUUUUGAAAUUGUUGAGGUUUCUGUGAUCAUAGUUUUCUUUUUAUGCAGAAUAUUAACGAGUGUAAUUAUGUUUUUGUCUAAUUGUUUUUUAAACGGAGCUUUUCAUUCAUUAAGGCAAGCAAUAUAGAACACUUGCACUCUUGCACUUACAAGUGACUUACAACAAUAUCAGAAAUAAAAAUAUAUUGAUUGUAUUGAUCAAAUUUAAUGUACACUCAAAAAAUGUCAUAUAAACAACAGAUCAUUUUCAUUUCUCGGAUUUACUACAAUAUUCAUUUUUGUAUUGCUAUUUUGUCGUUUUAGUUAUGUGUAACCACUUUAUCUAGUAAACAUGCAAAUAAGACUGUAUUUCCGGUGGCAUGUCUUUGGGAAAAUUAAUUUCUUAUUAUAUCUGCUGUACAAAUUAACUAAAUAUUGUUUUCAUAAAAAAAGCAAAAACUUA